CCACUGCUGCCGCCGCUGCCGCUGCUCGCUCUAUUCCGCAGCCGCCGCCGCCGCCAUUUGCACGGGGACCCCAGUGACAGGGGCUCGGCGGAGGGGCGGAGGGAGGGGGGGGAGGGCCCGCGGAGCCCCCGAGGGCGGGAGCGACGCCGCCGGCGCCGGCCGGGUUCCCUGCGCGACCGCGCCGCCCGUGGCGGGCCCCGAGCAGCAGUAGCAGCAGCGGCAGCAGCAGCAGCAGCGGCAGCGGCAGCAGCAGCAGCAGCAGCAGCCGCCGAGGCCGGGCGUGCGCCUGAGGCGCGGCGGCGGCGGCGGCCCUGCGGGCGGCCGGGAGGGGCGGGGGCAGCGGCCGCCGCCGUUUGAUGGAUCCGAGGAUCGCCUGGUUCCAGCCAGAGCAGCUCGGACCGUCCAACAGUCUGUGGAUGCAGAUCUGGGAGACGACCCAGGGGCUGAGGAACCUCUACUUCAACCACCACUGUCACAGCAGCGGCGGCGCGAGCGGCGGCGGCGGCGGCAGCAGCACGGCCACCGGCGGGAGCGGCAGCAGCACCGGCAGCCCCGGCGGUGCGACCCCGGCCCCGGCCCCGGCCCCGGCCGGCAUGUACCGCUCCGGGGAGCGCCUGCUGGGCGGCCACGCGCAGUCCGCGGAGCAGCGGGACUUCCUGCCCCUGGAGACGACCAACAACAACAACAACCACCACCAGCCGGCGGCCUGGGCCCGCCGGGCUGCCGCGGGCCCCUCGGCGUCCCCGUCCCCCUCCGCGUCCUCGUCCCCACACUCCGCCGCGGUCCCCACCGCGGAUCCCGCGGACCCGGCCUCAGGCAGCAGCAACAAGAGGAAGCGCGAUAAUAAGGCCAGCACCUACGGACUCAACUACAGCCUGCUGCAGCCCAGCGGAGGGCGGGCCGCGGGGGGCGGCCGGGCCGACGGCAGCGGGGGCGUGUACAGCGGGACACCGUGGAAGCGGAGGAACUACAACCAGGGAGUCGUGGGUCUGCAUGAAGAAAUCAGUGACUUUUAUGAAUACAUGUCUCCAAGACCGGAGGAGGAGAAGAUGAGGAUGGAGGUGGUGAACAGGAUCGAGAGUGUGAUUAAGGAGCUCUGGCCCAGCGCGGACGUCCAGAUAUUUGGAAGUUUUAAAACUGGCCUGUAUUUACCUACUAGUGACAUUGAUCUCGUGGUGUUUGGGAAGUGGGAGAACCUUCCCCUCUGGACCCUGGAAGAAGCUCUUCGGAAACAUAAAGUUGCUGAUGAGGAUUCGGUGAAAGUUCUAGACAAAGCAACUGUACCUAUUAUUAAAUUAACAGAUUCUUUUACUGAAGUGAAAGUUGAUAUCAGCUUUAAUGUACAGAAUGGUGUGAGAGCAGCUGACCUCAUCAAAGAUUUUACCAAGAAAUACCCUGUAUUACCAUACUUGGUUUUAGUACUGAAACAAUUCUUAUUACAGAGGGACCUUAAUGAAGUAUUUACAGGUGGAAUCGGUUCAUAUAGUCUCUUUUUAAUGGCAGUCAGUUUCCUUCAGUUACAUCCCAGGGAAGAUGCUUGCAUCCCCAAUACAAACUAUGGUGUUCUCUUAAUAGAAUUUUUUGAAUUAUAUGGACGACACUUCAAUUAUUUAAAGACUGGCAUCCGGAUAAAGGAUGGUGGUUCAUAUGUGGCCAAAGAUGAAGUACAGAAAAAUAUGCUCGAUGGCUACAGGCCGUCGAUGCUUUAUAUUGAAGAUCCUUUACAACCAGGUAAUGAUGUUGGAAGGAGUUCAUAUGGGGCCAUGCAGGUGAAACAGGCCUUUGAUUAUGCCUAUGUUGUUUUGAGUCACGCUGUCUCACCAAUAGCCAAGUACUACCCCAACAACGAAACGGAGAGCAUACUAGGUAGAAUAAUUAGAGUGACCGACGAAGUUGCCACGUACAGAGAUUGGAUCUCAAAGCAGUGGGGCUUGCAGAACAGGCCCGAGCCUUCGUGCAAUGGAAAUGGUGUUACCUUGAUAGUAGAUACUCAGCAGUUAGAUAAAUGUAAUAAUAAUCUAUCUGAAGAAAAUGAAGCCCUUGGAAAAUGUAGAAGUAAAACUUCGGAAUCUCUUAGUAAACACUCUUCAAACUCUUCAUCAGGUCCAGUGUCUUCCUCUUCUGCCACACAGUCCAGCUCUAGUGAUGUCGAUUCCGACGCGACGCCAUGCAAAACCCCGAAACAGCUGCUCUGCCGUCCGUCCACGGGGAACCGAGUAGGGUCGCAAGAUGUGUCCUUGGAGUCCUCUCAGGCAGUUGGGAAAAUGCAGAGCACCCAAACCACUACCACCUCCAACAGCACCAACAAAUCUCAGCAUGGAUCAGCAAGGCUCUUUCGUUCUUCCAGCAAAGGCUUCCAAGGUACAACUCAAACAAGCCAUGGUUCCUUGAUGACAAACAAACAGCAUCAAGGCAAAUCAAAUAAUCAGUAUUACCAUGGCAAAAAGAGGAAACACAAGAGGGAUGCCCCCCUCUCAGACCUUUGUAGAUAGUCGGCGUUGUACGAUGGACUGUCUUCUGUGUGCAAUGAUCUCAUGCUCAGGACAGUUGGAUAGGGACUCCUGGCAUUCGGGAGCCUUACACUGUUCAGACUCUGAUUUAGCAACUGCGUUUUUUCCCAGCUCGCCACGGAAUGGAUCAUGAAGACUGACAACUGCAAAAACAAAAAGCAAGCAAAAAAGGGGGAAAAAAAAGGCUGCUCAUUUGAUAAGUCAUAUGCUACAACAGGGUCAUUUUAAGAUUUAAAGCUUGAAUGUAAAAUAAAUCUAUUUCUCAUUGGCUUUAUGCAGAGUUAUAGGGAAUAGUAUUCAGUGUGAGUAGGGUGAUAGAAACAAAAACCGAUUUCAGAGGAUGGGGUGGGGGAAGGAAACAAAAGUAUCUCAUAGGAAGCCCAGAUUCCAAAGGGGAAAGUGAUCUGUGCAUGUUUUCUUUUUUUUUUUUUUAAUAUUUUUGCAUAUAUUUACCAUUUUAUUGUGUGUAUAUAUAGAUGACCAUAUAGGAAAUUGAUAUUUGUAAUAGUGGAUUUGUUAAUACUUUUUACAUAACAUUACUGUUUAAAUUGUAAACAGAUUUUUCUCAGGAUUAGUUUGAAAAAUAAUCUGACUCGUCAUCUUAACAUCCAUAUAUAGGGAAGUGAUUAGUUCUAUUACUCAAUUUGUUUUCCUCAGCAUUGAAAUGACUUACUAGAACCCUUGUGACCUGCUGCAAAAAUUUUUCCUCUCUAAAGAAAAGGUUUAUGGUGGCAAAUGACGUUUUAUUUUGUAAAAAAAAAAAAAAAAAAAAAAAAAAUGUACUAUGUACUUUUGUGUAAACACUGAAAAAUCUCUAGUCAUCUCUAAGAAUUACCUUGCAACUGUUUUUCUAUAGUGCUGUCGUCUUGGGCAAUGGGCAAUUACAUGACUUUGUGUUUGUUUCCUUUGCAGUCUUUUUUGUUUUCUUUUGUUUUUCUUCCUAAUAGGAAAAAAAAAAAAAAAAAAGGCCACCCACGUCCGGUCCCGUUGCUGUGGCAGUGACUCCCCGAGUUCCACAGACUUUGCAUGCUAGCUCCUCUAACCCUGUGUACCGCGCGCACUUGUUUUUCUCAUCUCUUCUUCUUUUUUAAAUCCAUGCUUAACUACUGUGGGAGAGAAUGACUGUAAACAGCUUUAAUUAAAUCAUACUUAUAAAAAACUAUUUUCUUAUACUCCACUUUAUGCUUUUGGUAUUGUUGAUCUUUAAAAAUUAAAUGGUCUUUGAUAAUGGAUCUAUUUUGUAUUGCCUUAUUAAGACCAAAUACUUCUUGUCAUCCCAUUCUUUAUCCUCUCCUUCCAUGGAAUUGUUAUCUUUAAUUAAAACUUUUUAAAACAUCGGCUUGUUUCAAUCCUACUGUAAAUUUUGGUUGUGGUCCGCUUUGAGCGCCAAUGAGAUAUGUAAUUCUGUUAUCCAUCACAUGCUGAGUUUGUAACUCGGGAAUAUUGAAUAUAAUAGGAUGUAAGUGACAUUUCUGAAGAUGCUUUCUUUCAAUGUGAAAGCUCUUAUGUUUAGCAUCAGUGUGUGUGGCUCUGUUAAUUAUAGCCAUUUCUGAAAUGAGAUUCUUUGAUAGAUACGUAUAUAUAUACAUAUAGUGUGUGUAUAUACAUGUGCACACACACGCACACACACAUAUAAAAUACUAUUGGCUUUUAGGAAUUUCUUUUAUAUACAUUUAUGAACUACUAAAGACCAAUCAGACCAUUAAUGGACACUUAGUGUGACUUUUUAUAAAGAGAAUAAUGCUAAAGUAAGACCCAAACUGAUGUCAUCACUGCAAUUACCACUUUUCGAUCUGUUCGUAUUUUAAUUCGCAACGGAAAAAUGUGUUCCACAACCGGAAACUCCUAAUGCUUGUGUAAACCUGUGGAAAAUUUUAAAUGUGAUGUUAUCUUGACAAUGUUUUAAAUUUUCGAGUCCCAUUUUAUUCUGAUCAGAAUUUUUAUCACGAUGUUGAGCUUUCGUUCUUUGGAAUUAGUUUGUCAUAACAUAUUGUGCAUAAUCACAGUAUUUAUUUCUAGGACUCUUGCGAACGUGUAGACUGAUGUUUACCGCGAAGGGCACAAUUAUUUAUAAAAUACUAUUAAACCCAGUAUUAGCCUCCUAUCUCAGACACUUAAUACUUGCAGACAUCCAUUGGUACAUUUACCACACUGAAGUUUUUUUCUUUUCUUUCCUUUUGUUUUAAGAAUCACCCUCAUUGUUGAAAGUAAAUGUACUCUUAGGAUGCAGAUAUUAGCGUUCCAAUAAGCAUGUGAUUAUAUUAAGGUGGUGGUAGCGGGAAGAUAAUCUUGAUUCCAUUGGGAAUCUUAGGUUUUCGUAAAUCUAUUGGGAAAAUAGUUUUUCCUGUACUGCUGAAGUUUCUUUUUGGUAAACAGUAUCUUUCUAAAAGAAAAAAGCAUGAAGGAGAAAUUGAGGUGUGUCCUUAUCCUCAAAUGACCAGCAUUGUAUUCGUGAAUACUGUGUAUCUUGCAAUGAACAGCGUGAAGCUGUUCAUUUUUCAAUCUGAAGUAAAAAUACUUUCAAGAAC